GGAGGCCACACGAAAGUAGUCGUAUCUGUAUCUGUAAUCCCUGGUUGUUGCUCUUCCACAGAUAGAUAAAAUUUUCAAAAGAAUCUCCAAAACUCACAAAAUCCAAUUCAAUUAUCCAAUCAAAUCCCUCCACCUAAGCUCCCUUUCAACUCCUUAUCCUCUCCCUUGAUCACCAACUCUUUCUCCCACAAAUUCUAAAAACCAUCCCUUCACUCUCCACACUCCAAAUCUCCUUCCACCAUUUUCUUGAAAAAAUAAUACACAGAACACAAUGUCUCUUACUAUUCCAACAAACCUUUCAAAACCCAUUUCAACAUCUAAGUUUAGCUCUCAAUUUACUACAAAAUCAAGAGCUUCAACCAUAGUCUGCUCUUCAAGCCAGACCCCUGCUUCUACUAAAACAGAGGAAAGUUCAUCUUCAUUAAAGGCAUUCUCUGCAGCACUUGCUUUGUCUUCUAUUCUGCUGUCAGCACCAGUGCUUCCAGCUUCUGCUGACAUCUCUGGCCUCACUCCUUGCAAGGAAUCGAAACAGUUUGCUAAGAGGGAGAAACAACAGAUCAAGAAGCUUGAGAGUUCUUUGAAGCUUUAUGCACCUGAUAGCGCCCCUGCACUUGCUAUUAAUGCCACCAUUGAGAAAACCAAGCGCAGGUUUGAUAACUAUGGGAAACAAGGAUUGUUGUGUGGAUCAGAUGGACUGCCACACUUGAUAGUGAGUGGAGACCAAAGGCACUGGGGUGAGUUCAUCACACCAGGGAUCCUCUUCUUAUACAUUGCUGGUUGGAUUGGGUGGGUAGGAAGGAGCUACUUGAUUGCAGUAAGAGAUGAAAAGAAACCAACAAUGAAGGAGAUCAUCAUUGAUGUUCCAUUGGCUAAUAGGCUCGUCUGGAGAGGCUUCAUCUGGCCUGUUGCUGCAUACAGAGAGUACUUGAAUGGAGACCUCAUUGACCCUAAUGUCUAAUUUUGAUUUCCCUUGUUAAUUUUCUCUUGUUGGAGACUCGUGGAAUUAUACUUUCACUUGUUUAUAUCAAUGAAAGAUUGUGAAUUUUCUA